GUCCUGACUGGCGGCGGUGGUGAUGGCGGCGGUGGCGGGCGGUUGGCGGCUGCUGCUCCGGCGAUGGCGAUGGCGGCCGCACAGCAGCCUAACCAUCAGAAGUAAUCCAAGACAUGUUCAUUCUGCUGUGAGUUUAACUUCAAGAAUGCUAGAGGGACCGAUGUUUCUCAUUCCAACAGGACCUAAGUUUGUCAGUGCUCGAUUCCUGGCAAUACAGACCCUGGACACGCCAAAUCCUAACAGCUUAAAGUUUCUUGCUGGUCGUCAAGUAGUCGAUUCGGGAAGUAUUGAUUUUCCAAGUGUGAAUUCAGCUCACUGCUCACCUCUAGCCAUGCAGCUGUUCCAAAUAGAAGGCGUUAAAAGUGUGUUUUAUGGACCUGAUUUCAUUACAAUAACCAGGGAAAGCCAUGUGGAGUGGAACAUUCUUAAGCCUCAGGUUUCUGCAGUCCUUGAUGAUUUCUUUGCUAGCGGCCUGCCUUUAAUGACAGGCACACCACAACCAGAUUCUGACCUCUCAGAGAGUGAGGAGGAUGACGAAGUGGUUGCAAUGAUCAAGGAACUGCUGGAUACAAGAAUAAGACCUACUGUGCAAGAAGACGGAGGAGAUAUCAUCUUUAAAGGUUUUGAAAAUGGUGUUGUGAAGCUAAAACUGUUGGGCUCCUGCACUGGCUGCCCAAGCUCAAUUAUUACUUUAAAAAGUGGAAUUCAAAAUAUGUUACAGUUUUACAUCCCUGAAGUUGACGAAGUAGAACAGGUCCAAGAUGAAGUUGAUGAUGUAAACAUUAAAGCCUUUGAAGAAUUAGAGAAGAAAUUAAAAGAUUCGUAAAUUAUUUACCAGAAAUGUUCAGAAAUUUGUUGAGAGAUCUGUUUAUUUCUCCCAGUUCUAUUAUUGUGAUACAAAGUCAUAUUGAUCCCAUAUUACCUGUCUCAUUAUUUGUUUUGUUACAUUGCUGGAAAUACUGACUGAAUUGUUGAUUUUUUCUUUGUCAUCUGCAUUUCCCUUUAAAUGUCCCAAUUGGAAAAUAUAGCCUUUUCCCUCUCUUAUACCAGUGUGUGAAAGAAAUAUUAUUAUCUGGAUUAACA